UUAAUUGUGCGUGAGCAAAAUUGGGUAGAGACGUAUUCUAGACUAAAACCCAACUUCGCUUCACAAAUCUCUGAAAAAUGGCAUCUUUGGCUCAGCAGUUUGCAGGCCUGAGAUGUUCACUUCUCUCCUCCUCUAUCCUCUCCAAGCCCUUCUCUCCAAAACCUCAAAAGACUGCCUUUUCCCCCAUCGUCUCUGCUGUGGCCAUUUCAAAUUCCCAGACUACAGAGAGACGGAGGCUCAAGGAAAUGUUUGAAGAAGCUUACGACCGAUGCCGUACAGCUCCGAUGGAAGGUGUAUCAUUUACAUUGGAAGAUUUCCAUGCUGCACUCGACAAGUACGACUUCAAUUUCGAAAUUGGCACCAAGGUCAAAGGGACAGUAUUCUGUACAGAUGCUAAUGGAGCAGUAGUUGACAUUUUUGCAAAAUCUUCGGCCUACCUACCUGUCAAAGAGGCAUGUAUGCAUAGGAUAAAACAUGUAGAGGAAGCAGGCAUUGUUCCUGGCUUACAAUCAGAGUUUGAAAUUAUUGGGGAGAAUCAAGCUGACAAUAGCUUGAUCUUGAGCUUAUGUGCAAUCCAGUACAACCUUGCAUAUGAGCGAUGUAGACAGCUUCAGGCUGAGGAUGUGGUCGUCAAUGGUAAGAUUGUUGGUGGAAAUACAGGUGGAGUGGUAGUAGUUGUGGAGGGCCUUACGGGAUUUGUUCCAUUCUCACAGAUAUCAUCUAAAUCAACAGCAGAAGAGCUCCUAAAUAAGGAGCUUCCACUGAAAUUUAUGGAGGUUGAUGAGGAGAAGUCCAGACUUGUCUUCAGUAACCGCAAGGUCAUGGCUGACAGCCAGGUGCAUCUUGGGAUUGGAUCAGUUGUUACUGGAACUGUGCAGAGUCUGAAGCCAUAUGGUGCCUUCAUUGACAUUGGUGGGAUUAAUGGCCUUCUCCAUAUCAGUCAGAUCAGUCAUGAUCGUGUUUCCGAUAUCUCUAUUGUCCUUCAACCUGGUGACACCCUAAAGGUCAUGAUACUGAGCCAUGACCGUGAGAGAGGCCGGGUGAGUCUGUCUACCAAAAAACUAGAACCUACGCCUGGAGACAUGAUUCACAAUCCAGAGCUUGUUUUUGAGAAGGCAGAGGAGAUGGCUAGGACAUUCAGACAGCGAAUAGCCCAAGCAGAAGCCAUGGCCCGUGCUGACAUGUUGAGAUUCCAGCCAGAGAGUGAAUUGACUUUGAGCUCUGAUGGAAUCUUAGGCCCACGUACAUCAGAUUUUGCCAGUUGAAGGUCUAGAUUUGAGUAAUUUCCCUUCAUCUGUAGAAUCCUAACUGGAAGUACACGGGCUGGGAAGAAUGUUACUAAAAUAUUUCAGCAAAUUUGGUUAUUUAUCCUGACAUCCAUUGUGGCAUAAAUAGCAAGAUUGAGUUAUGGAAAUUAACGUUACCAUUCUCCCCUCUUUCCUGUCCUCAAGUGGACUGUCCAGAAAUAGGAGUCUGAGAGGAAGUAAUGU